ACAAUAAAAUAAUUUCUCAGUAGCACAAAAUGGCUGCGCCCUUGGUCAGAAGUUUUCGUGCACUUGGACAAAACUUUCUUCAACAUAAACACCAAGUCAGAGUCUGUAGUCUGGUUCGUCUUGCCAGAAGCAAUUCCAACAGUGGAAGGAGCUCUAACACUCAAGACUUAGACGCUCAAGACCUAGAAGAACAAGAUCCAAACCAUUUCCAUGACUACACUGCCCCAUACUUUCCUGAAGAAACGGCAAAACGCUCCCUGCAGGCUGAAUAUCCAGAUGUCGAAAUAUCUACCGCAGAAUGGGAACAUGUAGAAAGAAUUUUGCCCCAGAAAACAGUUCCAUAUCCCCCAGAGCACGAACAAUACCCAACUCCUUCCGGCUGGGUACCACCUAAUGAGGGUCUUCAGCCAUCUGUGUAUGGAGUACAUCGGACCAGGAAUCACAUGUUGCCAGUUUACUACAGAAAGCACUUCCAUGGUAGAGAAACAACCAAGAUCCGCGGAAUAUAUGGGGACAUUUGGAAACUCAGAGAUGAUGCUGGGGCUUACUUGUUAGAGAAACAUGGGAAGAAGGUGGACAUUCAAGUGCAUGAAGUAGGAAGAUUUAUCCGUUUCCGUGGAAACCAUUUGGAAAAUGUUGCAAAAUUCUUGUUAGAUAAAGGAUUUUAGUGUGUGAGUGCUUAUGAUGGACAAUUUGUUAUGAGCCUUUCACUGUAUUUCAUUUCAUACAUAAACUGAUAAUUUGAGACAUACA